UACGUGUUGAACCACUUCCAUCUUAAAUCAGCACAUUGUCUCUCACUUUCUCAGAGGGGGCCUAGAAAGAAGACUGGGAAAGACACACACACACACAUAAUCCCUGAAACUCUGCAUCCAAUUUGGCGGAGGACAUGAAUGGAAAGGCCUAUUCUGAAAUCUAUCCGCUGGCUGAUAAUGAUGCACUUCUGUCUGCAGAUGCCAGCAAAAAACACAUGUUAUCUUUCUUCACCACUUGAAUACUGUAAUUGAGAAAAGUAGUACUUGUAGGCAGAGAAAGAAAUAAAAAUAUUUAAGGCGAAUGAUAGUAGACAAAUGACAGGGUUUGGUAUACUUUGUUGAAACAUACUGCAUAGUAUAUAUUAGACAAAAACAUGCUGCCAUUUAAAAACUGUACUAUACUUAGCUCUUCCAGUAUUUCCAAGAAAUAAUGGCACUAAUUUAAUUAUCAAGGCUGGCAAUAGUGCAUUUCCAUACCAUAACCUCCACCCCAAUUUUUUCCAUGACCACCACACCACAAUAGUAAACAUCAAGCCAGACUGCAUGGCUGUACUAAUGAUAAGGCAUGACGCAGUAAAGGAAAACAAAGCUAUUAAAAAGCAGAUGUCCAUACUAGUUCACACAUGGUAUUGAUAUUUGCAUGGCUGGAGGUGAUAUGUUGAUGUGUAGAUGGUGGAAAAUAUAUGUGCACUAAUGAGACAGAGUGGCUGGGGCUACAGGGGCUACAGCCUCAGAGAGAGGGGAUUUGCUCUAUACCGACAACAUUUUCCACUUAUUCUGAGAAACACACAGGCAGCGUGAGCAAGGGAGGAAGCAUCGUCUCAGAUCAGCCAACUGAGUGAUCAUGCGGACAUUGGUGCUCCUCCUCACAAUAGGAAUAGUGGAUUUGGGUAUUGGCCAACACUACAGCCAGAUCCAGUGGCUGUCCCACCUGCGCAGGCGGCAAUGGCACGCUGGCUUGCAGGCUGAGGAUGCGGAUUGCCCCCUGGAGUGUAACUGCCCCUCAGCCUACCCCACAGCCAUGUACUGUCAUAGCCGCAACCUACAGCAUGUUCCCUAUGUCCCCUCGCAUAUAAAGUAUGUCUACCUGCAGCAUAACCAGAUCACAGGCAUCCAGGAUGGGGUGUUUGACAACGCUACCAACUUGGUCUGGAUUGUGUUAUUUCACAACAAGCUCACCUCAGACAAAAUCGGCAAGAAUGUCUUCAGCAAGCUCAAGAACUUGGAUCGGCUCCUCUUGGAUCACAAUGACCUAACACAUGUGCCUCCUAACUUGCCUACUUCAAUCACAGACCUGCGACUCGGGCACAACAAGAUAUCAAAACUCCUCACCAGCUCAUUCGAGGGGAUGGCCAACCUCACCACCCUUCAUCUCCAAGCAAAUGACAUAGAAGAUGUUGGAGGUGUGUUCAAGGGGUUCAAGUCUCUGACAAUGCUGGAUAUCAGGAAAAACAAGCUAAGGAAAAUCCCUGACAACCUCCCUGUGAGGGUGCAGCAGCUAUACCUGGAAUUUAAUAAUAUAGAAAGCAUUCCAGCAGACUUUCUCACCAUGUAUCCCAAACUGCAGUUUGUCCGCUUGGCUCAUAACAAGCUGACUGAUAAAGGACUUCCUUCCAAUGUCUUCAAUAUCAGCACAUUGGUCGAGCUUGACCUGUCCUUCAAUAAACUGGAAAAGAUCCCUGUUGUCAGUAUGAACCUGGAGAACCUUUACUUGCAAGGCAAUAAGAUUAAAGAGUUCUCCAUGAGCAGUUUCUGCAGUGCUGUUGACAUGUCAAACUUCUCCAGGCUGAAGAUGCUCCGUCUCGAUGCUAAUGAGAUCAAUGCCAAAGACAUUCCUGCUGAAGCCGCCUACUGUUUGCGGCAUGUUGCUUUCAUUGAUGUGUAGAGGUUUCCGAAAUGUCUCUAUCUGUAACACAUGCCAUGCUAUUAUGCUUCACUGUAUUUACCUGAUAUUACUCACUCUCCUCUCCAUUAAAACAUGGUUGAAUAAUGUUUGUUUAACCAGUUACGAAAGCUGUUAGCAUUACUGAAAUGAUAAAACUAGCCAAAAGGAAAUACCGUAGUUAUACAAUCACAUAUCCGGGUGGCAGACAUGUGGAUGACAAAGAGUGAAGAGUGCUGGUCUAACGAGUUACAUCCGCUCAACUAAUUAAUUGGUUCCAGUUGUCUGGUAAAAUGGUUAGUAAUAAUAGUGCGCAGGUAUAAUAGGAAUAUAUAAUAUGAAUAAUAUGAAACUGCCAGUCAUUGGAUUUUUGCCUCCACCAUGUGGCACCUGGUGGAAAAAACAGGAGGCCAAGCAGCAGUGAUUAUCAUCAGUACGUUUUAGUGAACAUUUUAAAAUUAUAAUCAGUGAUGGACACUGAGUAAAGCAUUUACACUUUGUCUUCUGGUUAUUCAGUCCAUAGAACAAUUUUGAUUUUCUCCCCCAUUGUCUGAUUAAGUGUGUCUCUAAUUAAAUAUGUAUUCUACUUCAAAUGAGCCGUGACUGUUAUGUCUCACUGUUAUCUAAUUGUUUACUUCAGUUCACACAGUUACUUUUCAAGACCUUAUUGGGCCACGUAACUCGUCAGAGUUUUUGACAACAAGUUAAUUUGGUUUCCUCUAAUUUGAAGGUAAGAAGCAGACGUGCUGGGAAAGAGGACUGUCAAAAGGUCUCUCCGCUUCUUCUAACUGAUCUUAAGCAGUUCCCACAUAUUUAUUGUUGAAGACAACUUGCCUUUUCAUCUUCCACAGCUGCCUUUAAUCCCUUGCAGAAAGGCACUAAAUUGAAUUAGAGAAAUACUUUACUUGUUUUGUAAUGGUGCAGUGUCUUGGGAUAAAGAAUGGAUCACUGCCAUGCAACGGUGGUUUGCACUCUGAUAAGCGGUAGCAUGUGAAAUUAAGUGUGUUAUA